UUUGUUCAAUCCUAUCUCAUCACAGUCAAGAGCCUCUCCCUCUCUCGCCCCAUCCCUCGCGCCAGCUCCUAACGUACUUUUGUGAGGGAAACAUUGAGCGGAAAAUUGUGCGUCAGUUUCAACUAUCGACUUCAAAGAAAACGUCCGUCAUCAUCAAUGGGGAACGUCCACGGUCAUCGGAAGAACCGGUACGCCGCGAACGUCUCUGUCCCCGCCGUACCAGCUGCUCCUCCCUAUAUAUACGGGUCUCAAGAUCCCACUACAGCUGCCCAGAUCCCGACUCCCACCAACCCCACCAUUACCAUGUCCACUCAGCCCUACGCUCACGUCGACUCCGCCUUGAGGGCUCUCGCUGCCCAGGCCGAGGGCUUCGGCCGCUUUGCCGUCGGCGGCCUCCACGGCCCCGCUUAUCACGUCACCUCGCUAGCAGAUGAUGGGCCAGGAUCACUUCGUGAUGGAUGUCGUAGGAAAGAACCACUUUGGAUUGUCUUUGGAGUUUCUGGAACUAUUCAUCUCUCGUCUUACCUGAAUGUGUCAUCUAAUAAGACCAUCGAUGGUCGGGGCCAAAGGAUAAAACUCACAGGUAAAGGUUUGAGGCUGAAGGAGUCCGAACAUGUAAUCAUAUGCAAUCUAGAGUUUGAAGGCGGUAGAGGACAUGAUGUUGAUGGCAUCCAAAUAAAACCCAAUUCAAAACACAUAUGGAUAGAUCGUUGCAGCCUUCGUGAUUAUGAUGAUGGACUGAUAGAUAUCACCCGAGGAAGCACUGACAUUACUAUUUCCAGGUGUCACUUUUCACAGCAUGAUAAGACGAUGCUCAUAGGAGCAGAUCCCACUCACACAGAUGACAGAUGUAUUCGGGUGACCAUUCACCAUUGUUUUUUCGACGGGACACGGCAGCGACAUCCUCGUGUUAGAUUUGGCAAGGUGCAUUUGUACAACAAUUACACCAGAAACUGGGGAAUUUAUGCUGUUUGUGCCAGUGUUGAAUCUCAGAUAUACUCCCAAUGCAAUAUUUAUGAAGCAGGGCAGAAGAAAGUGGCUUUUAAAUACCUCACGGAGAAGGCAGCUGACAGGGAAGAGGCAAGGACUGGCUUCAUAAGGUCUGAAGGGGACUUAUUCAUAACUGGAACUCAAGCAGGUUUAUUGAUCGAGGCCAACGAAGAUGUGAUGUUCCAUCCCAGCGAAUACUACCCCACAUGGACUCUGGAAGCUCCAUCUGAUGCUCUUAAACAUGUUCUCCAUCAUUGCACAGGAUGGCAGUCUGUUGCCUUGCCUGCUGAUGUGCAAUUGGUUGCAUAGCAGAUAGCAGCCUCAUGAAAACAGAUAUAUAUAUAUAUAUAUAUGUAUAGGCAUCUUAGCUUGCUGUACUAUGGGACGGUAAAUGUCAUUGCAGUGUGUAAAUUGAGACCCUUAAUGAUAAAGAUAGAAAUUUGUGAUCUCUCAGAAAA